CCUCAAAAGAACAGAAAAAUACAGUGCUCCGCAGAUCGCCGCGCCGCCGAGCAGGUGGGGGGAUCUCUCACGCUCUGUUUCACCCCUUCGCCACCCUGCGGAAGAAGAGACAAGGGUUGGUUACUGGAAUCAGAUCUCAAUCAUCCGGCGCGGCAAUUCGCGUGGUGAUGCUCAAGAGCUAAAUUUGCCACCUUUGAAGCCAAUUAGGUUGUGAUUGUUGCUCGGACAAAUAGCGGCGAGUUAGUCGAAAUUGCUUCCAUCGUUCUGAUGAAUUGGGCGUAAAUUCGAUGCCAUUGGGUCUUCUCGACUUUGUGCAAUACUUCGAGUCAAACUUUCCUGGUCCCUCAUUGUUUCACUAUAUUUUGCAAACUUUUUUAGCAGGCAGGCAUGAUUCAUACAGCCAGCUAGUAUGGCCUCAAAAUCUAUAAAAAGAAGGUCUUGCAGUGCUGACACUGAUAAAACAAGUGAAAAACAUAUGGAAGCAACAAUACCAGAUUCCAUAACAGAACCUCUUCUAGGAAAUACUCCUCAUGAAGAUAAAUCUAAGAGAUAUGAACCUGCUACAAGGUCAGAUUUCUGGGAUGGGACAAGACGGGAGUGCCUUCAUUGGGUGCAUCUUUUAUCAACUGUUAUUGCUCAGUCUGCAAGAAAGAUAGUAAAUGUUAUUUCUGAAUUUGGAUCUUUGCUAGCAAGACUCUUUGGUUGCUCUUCUGCUCCCCAAAGUUCACGAAAUGGACAGACAGUUCCAGUUAAUCUCAGUCCAUUACAGGAAGAAAGAUUAAGAUUGUUGAGACAAAGGUUAGAUGUGCCAUAUGACUGCUCCUCUAUCAAGCAUCAGGAUGCUCUGAAAGAACUUUGGAGGUUGGCUUAUCCUAACCGACAACUUCCUCCUCUAAAAUCAGAUCUGUGGAAGGAGAUGGGUUGGCAGAACUCCGAUCCAGCAACAGAUUUUAGGGCAGGUGGGUUCGUGUCCUUGGAGAAUCUGAUAUACUUUGCCAGAAAUUACGCAGAUUCCUUCCAUAGGCUACUGCACAAGGCGGAUGGCAAUAGAGCUGAAUGGGAAUAUCCUUUUGCGGUAGCUGGUGUAAACAUAUCUUAUAUGUUAGUGCAAAUGUUGGAUCUACAAUCAGGAAAUAUGAGUACAAAAGCUGGCGUACGCUUUAUUCAACUACUUGAAGAUGAUGAUACCGCUUUCGAUAACCUUUUCUGUGUAGCAUUUCAGAUGCUUGAUUCUCAGUGGCUGGCAAGACGAGCUAGUUAUAUGGAAUUCAAUGAGGUUCUAAAGUCUACACGAGUUCAGUUAGAGCAAGAGCUUACACUCAGAGGCAUUUCUAGUGUUCAAAACAUGCCAUCAUUCAGAAUGUUAAAAAGGUAGCCCAUGCUUGUUCCUCAAAGCAAAGGGAUACUGUUACCUGUUGAUAGGUUGUUUAAAUAUGCUGUUCAUUCUUUUAUUGGAUGUUCAAGAUGUGAUACUGUGGAUAUUGGUCAUAAUAAGUCCCCGUUCAUAUAUGAUACCUUGAAAAAAGUACUUGUCUACAACUUUUGACAUUAUCUUUUAUUUCUUUGGGUAACGGGUGACAAAUUAU